AUGCGCCUGCCGAAAGUACGCUCGCUGAGCGGUCGAAGUAUCGGUAUGCUGACGGCUAUCAUCAUACCUCAAAGGCAAAGUACACCGCCGGCGAAAAUUCCAACAAUUCAUGAAGGUGUACGGUCAGUAGGGAGAAUAUGGAUGGACACCAUUUUCUACCCAGUGACCGACAGACUCAUCAACAGCGCCGACACCUCCCCCGUCGCGACGUCCACCAUCGAAGUUGGAGGCGGUAUUGGCCAUGAUCUAGACGAGUUCUUCCGCAAGCAAUCCGACGCGCCUUGUCACCAUAUCCUCCAAGACCUUCCGCACGUCCUCUGGAAAAACCCAAGUCCAGGACCUCGACCCCAAAAUCGAGCUGAUGCCGCAUGA